GGAGGCACAUAUCUCAACGAGGCGAGUGUCAUUGAGCCUGACUGGCAGGAGAGCUUCUAUGGUGUGUCUUAUGAGAGGCUGAGUGAUAUCAAGAGAAAGCGGAAUCCGAGAGACGUCUUGUACGCCACGACGGCAGUGGGGAGUGAGGGAUGGGAGGUC